AUGGCUAGAAGCAUAUCUAGGUCGCCGUCGUACCGGCGGAGGCGCUCACCGUCGCCGGUGGAUAACCGCCGUAGUAGAAGAAGCAGAAGGGCUGACCACAGCUCUCCUUAUUCUAAUUCUCACUCCAGGAGAAGAAGCGAUUCUGAUUCCCCACCUGCUCGCCGCCAUCGGAGAAGUCGUUCGCCGAGUUACAGGAGGCGCAAAAGUCGAUCUCCAACGCCUCCUAGGCGGCGUAGAAGACAGAGAACUAAAAGUAGGAGUGAAUCAUUGUCUCCAUUACCUAGGUCAAGAAGUCCAAGUAUUGCUUCUACCAAAAUUGCUGUUGAGAAACUUAAGAAAGAGGAGGAAGAGAAGAAAAGGCGUCAACUAGAAGCUGACCUAAAACUAUUAGAGGAAGAGACUGCAAGGAGACUGGAGGAAUCAAUUCAGAAAAAUGUGGAAGAGAAGUUAAACUCUGAGGAAAUUCACAUAGAAAUAGAGAGGCGGAUAGAAGAAGGUCGGAAGAAAUUGUUUGAUGAUGUUGAAGCUCAACUGCGUAAGGAAAAGGAAGCUGCCCUUGCUGAGGAAAGAAGGAAAGAAGAACUAAUUCGAAAGGAAAGAGAGGAGCUGGAUAAGAUGUUGGAAGAGAAUAGGAGGAGGGUGGAAGAGGCACAGAGAAGAGAAGCCUUGGAGCAACAGAGGAAAGAGGAGGAACGGUUUCGUGAGUUAGAGCUGAUUAAAAGACAAAAGGAAGAGGUUGCUUGGAGGAAAAAGCUGGAAGACGAAGAAGAACCUGCAAGCCAGAUGAAACCGUCAGGUAAGAAUAAAUCUCGACAGAAGCAACCUUUUGGAAUCGGUUUAUGA